UUGGUUUGAGGACGCUGUUGUAAGAUGGCGCCCAACGGAAUAUGAAUGUAGAGGUAAAAAAAAAAAAAAAAAGAAAAAUACUACAGCAAACGAAAAAAUACAAAGUUUUAAUUGGCUGUUGAAAAGAAAAACGAAAAGCAUUUUGCUCUCAUGCUUUUUGGAAGAGGAGCGCUGGGAACGACUUAAAGCUCGACCUUUUUAGGAGAGAGAUUUUCACCACAAUUGGGUGAUCACAGUCUGCAGAUAUGAAUAAUUCCAUGGACGGCUCCAGCUCCUAUGAAGAGCUUGUGAGACAGAAAGCUCGGAGCAUCCCUCAGCAUCGCAUGAAGGAGUUUCUGGAGUCCUUGGCCAGCAAAGGUCCUGAUGCCCUGCAGGAAUUCAGCCAACAAAGUGGAGACACUACAACCACCACUACGACCAUGGUCUACCAACAAGAGGCAAACUGCAUCUAUACAGACAGCACAGAAGUGGCUGGGUCACUGUUGGAACUGGCAUGCCCGGUUCAGGUCCAGGUCCAACCGCAGCAGCAGAUGCAGGAGUCCACAUCUCAGCAGCAGUCUGUCCAACAGAAUGCAGAGCAGCAGAUUGUCCAGUUUUAUACUUAUCCUCAGGUGCAGAUUCAAGGACAGCAGCAAGGUCAGAUGCUUGGUCAGGUUCUCCAAGUGCCUGCUGGCUCCCAUCAGCAGCUGCAAGGUGUAACCACUGCACAGCUGAUUCAGCCUGGGGACCUAACAGAGGAACAGCAACAACAGCUGCAAGCCCAGCUUGUGGCCGCUGUGGCAGGUGGACAACAGAUCCAGAUCCAGACCGUUGGUGCCCUCUCACCCACUCAGCAGCAGGACAGUGCAGAGAGAAGGGUUAUGGGGACCACAGUUGCCACAUCCCAAGCAGCAGGGGUCCUGCAGCCAGCCAAAAAGCGUAAGGUGGACAUGCCCAUCACAGUGUCCUAUGCCCUGCCAGGUCAGCAGGUAGCCACAGUCCUGGCUAUCCCCCAGGGUCAGGGGCAGCAGCAAAGUUAUGUUUCCCUGCGGCCAGACCUGCUAACUGUAGACAGUUCCCACCUUUACAGUGCCACUGGGACUAUAACAAGUCCCACAGGUGAGACCUGGACCAUUCCUGUUUACUCUGCUCCUGCUGGAUCUGGAGGCCGUGAGCAGGUCACACAUAUUGCCAUCCCCCAGGAGGCUUAUGGGACGGUGCAGGUGGCAGGGACAAACACUACAACAAUGACCACAAUGCCAACACAAGUAACAGUCGAAAGUGACAAGUUAAAAAGCCCGUCUAGUCAGAGUCAAACUGUGCAGGCGGUUUCCAGCAUAACAAGCUCUGCAGGGAUGAGCACCCAAGAAGAAGUGGUGCACACCCUAGCUGCAAACACACUUUUCCCUGCCCAGCUGAUGAAUGGAAACAUCCACAUUCCCGUAGCAGUACAAGGCUACUCCAACGCCACACAGUCUAUUAUCUGGGACCCACAGCAGCAGGUGUUGCACACACAGGGGCUGCCUGGGCAGGAUGGACAGCAGCUACAGGGUCAGACCGUCGUAGCAGAAGUAGACAUCCAAGGUCAGCAGCAGGUGCAGGUACAGGAGCUACUGCUGCCCGCCACACUGAAACCAGAGGAGGGGCUGGACGUGUGGCGACUCUGGGCUCAGCGGAAAAACGCUGAGCUAGACAAAUCGGACCAGAACAAACUUGCUCCAAUAGGCCGACGACAGGCUCUUCGUUUCCAGGAGGACCUAGUGUCAUGCGCGGUUGCUGAGCUCUGCAUGGGCCUGUCUUUGAUGACAACUGAGGCUCGGGGGCUUGAAGAAGAAUCUUAUGAGGCGGAUGUUCUGUACUACGUAUUUCUAUGCAUACAAAAAUAUCUAUUUGAUAACGGUCGAGUUGACGACAUCUUCUCUGAUCAGUACUAUACUCGUUUCGCCCAGAGUCUUCAUCAGAUUUUGGAACCUUGGAGGCCGUCUGUCCAUCCGCUAGGUUAUGUUAUUCCCAGUCAUGUAACAGAGGAGAUGCUGUGGGAAUGUAAACAGCUGGGAGCUCAUUCCCCAUCAACACUGCUCACAACGCUUAUGUUCUUCAAUACAAAGCAUUUCCAUCUAAAAACAGUGGAGCAGCAUCUAAAACUGGCCUUCUCGAAGGUGCUGAGACACACCAGGAAAAGUCCCAACAAUCCCAAAGACAAGAGCACCAGCAUACGGUACCUGAAGUCAGCAGAGAGGUUUAUCGGACAAAAAGUGACAGAUGACAUGUACUCGGAACAGCUGGAGGACCCUGAGAACCCGCUACGCUGCCCUAUUAAGCUCUACGAUUUCUACCUCUUCAAAUGUCCUCAGAGUGCUAAAGGUCGCAAUGACACCUUCUACCUGACUCCUGAGCCCGUGGUGGCUCCAAACAGCCCCAUUUGGUAUUCAACACAACCGAUUCCCAGAGAGCACCUGGAGCAGAUGCUCACCCGAAUCCUUGCUGUCCGUGAAAUCCAGGAAGCCCUUAACAUGUCGGAGAGCGUCCACUAGUUGGACCGGUGGAGAUGUAAAAACAAAAAAGAACUUCUGUUUUUCAUCCCCCAGCCUUUGAAAGCUCAUUAUAACUAGUUUGCUCUUCUUACUCCCACUUCUGUUUUCUUUUUGGGGGUGGCAUGUAUCUGUUUAUAUUAUGUGCCAGCCUAGCUUGGACACAAACUGUAUAUAAACAUAAAAUCAUUACAGAGGAGGAUCUGUCUCAUUGAGGCAGUUGCCUAUUUUUUUGUCUUUUUUUUUUGGCCAAAGGAUUUAAAGUCUAAUCUUUAUUUUUAGUGGACCUAAAUUUAAUUUAAAUGUUAUUCCAACUGUUGGUUCACCCUACCAAUAGUCUGGUAUAAAUGUUAAUUUUCUUGUUUUAAUCUGUAAUAUAUUUCCAAUUGUCACCAUGGUUGGCUUACACUUUGCUGCUUUUCUUUUUGUUUUUUUUAAUUCAUUGUCUGCCUUGGUCACACAGUCUCACGGC